UCAACUUUGAUGGACACCUAAUUUAGCUGUUCACUAAAUGAGUAAAUGGUAAUUGACAACCCUUAUCUUGUUUGGGUAACUCGACGGUCUAAAUUUUUCAAUAGAAAUAAUUUGGUUUAGUUUUGUAAUAACAGUUUUUAGGAACUCUUUAAAAAAAAAAAAAAAAGAAGAAAAAAAAUCUCAGAGAACUACAGAAAAAUAAAAGAAAUAAAAAAGAAAUUGUGCGUUUUUUUUUUGGUAAAACAGGAAAAAGUUUUUUAAAAAACCAAACAAUGCCCCUCUUUCCCCAUUUCAUCAUCACUUCGUCAGUCAUUACCUUUCUAUCUAUGCAUGUUCUAUUCUAUAAUUGAGAAUCCCAACGGUCACUUCCCUUUUCAAACAAAACCCUAGAGAGAGCCUAUCGAAACUUCAACAUUUCUCAGCCGCUUUGUGGUCUUUUCAAUCAACUUCAUUUCGUAAUCUGCCCUCUCUCUCUCUCUCUCUCUAAAAAUGAAGACCUAAUAACCCAAUUUUCGUCACCCUUUAUUGGAGCAAAAUCACUAUCUGAAAUCAAGAAGUGAAGAUCCCUAAUGGGCUGUUUUCUUGCUUGUUUUGGUUUUUCAAAGGAUCGGAAACACCAAAAACAGAGGAACGAGGUCCUCCCUCUAGAUCAACAAAUAUAUGGAAGUCAAAAGUCGGUGCAACAAACUGUCUCUUUAGAACAGAACAUCCCAGAAAAAUCCACCAACUCGAUUUUGGAAUUGCAGGAUAGGUCUGAGGAGCAAUUGAGCUUGAGUAACAGGAAAAAAGUUACAUUUGAUUCAAAUGUCAGAACCUAUGAACAUGUCUCUGUCCAUAACAGUACAGACAUUUUACCGAAGAUUGACAAAGGUAUCAAGAAGGAGGGGGACAGUUUUGCAGAAUCUAGCCUAUCCCAUUCGCUGGCUGAGAAUGGUUCAGUAACAUCAAGCAUUGGAUCGUACCCUCAGAACCACAGGUACCAGAAUUGCAGAGACAAUGAUGACACCGUUGAGGAAUCAGAAGAUAAGGACAGUGAUUUGGAUGAUGAGGAAGAUGAGAAAGAAGACUAUGGAGAUUACGAUGAAGAUGGGGAUUAUAGAAUUUCAAGUAAUGAAGUGUGGUCGGAGACAAUUCCAACUACAUCAAUGAAGUCAAGGACAGACAUUUCUCCAGCUACCGUGGUUAUGGAGGAGGUAGAGAGCCCGGUGAAACUGUCUGGAUUGCCUCAACAAGAAGUGAAAACCAUUGGGUUGGGCAGGAAUGCAAGAGACAGGAGUGUUUAUGUUGAUUCAGUACUGAACCCGGUGGAAAAUUUAAGUCAGUGGAAAGCUGUGAAAUCAGAAGGGACACCAUCAUUGAAGUCAGAUAAGGAAAACUGCAUAGCAGACCGGGAAGCACCCCGUAUUUUGUUUAGUUCAGAAUGGAGUUUUAAGGAAUCAUCUUUCAGUUUUAAGUCCAAUUUUGAACAGUCUGAGAAUAUAAAUCGAGAAAUAGCUGUUGAUGCAAGUCUUUCAAAUUGGUUGGUGUCUUCUGCGACCAGUCCCACCAAGAAGACUAGCUCCAUUGGGCUUGAAACUAUUGCUCCUGAGAAGAGCAUGUCACAAGGAUCAAAUUCAGUGACGAGCAUAGAUGAUAAACCAAUUUUAGGUGCAUUGACUGUGGAGGAGGUGAAACAGUUUUCUGCAUCGUGCUCGCCCAGGAGGUCACCGAGUCAAAGCCCUGAAGAGAUGCCCAUAAUAGGUACUGUUGGGACAUACUGGAAUCACACAAGCACAGCUAAGGAUUCUGGUUCAGCUUCUUCCUAUAAAGGCAUACCAAACACAACCAGCAAGUAUAGAGAGGAUAAGAGAGUGAAUUGGCACUCCACCCCAUUCGAAACAAGGUUGGAGAGAGCCUUGAACAGAGGUGUUUCUAAAGCUUAAUCUACCUAUCUUCUCAGUGCAGUUUGUGAAAAUGAUUCUAGAGUUCUCUUUUGGCAAGUUUGUUUUCGAUACAGUUCAUUGUUUGUUUGUUUUCUAUACAAAUUCAUUGUUUCUAUCAGUUGUUUUGUGAAUUCAAGGUAAAAAUAUAUGGGAAUUUGUUUGUUUGUUA